AUGGGGGUCAUCCGCAUUAUCGCGCUGACAGUCCUGGGUAUCUCAGUACUUGUUUUUAUCACACUUUUUGGACGCUUGCCUGCAUUUAGGAAAACACCUAUCGCCUUCCUGCACCGGGUCGUGUGGGUACAUAUUCCCAACGGGGUUGCCUUCCUCGAUUCUCAUCUGUUUGGUGGGCAUAUUGUGCGAGCAUGGAACCGAUCAGGUAGCUAUAUGUGGAAUGAAAACCACCCGGUGAUUCUGAUAUUUUUUGUGGGCUUGCUCGCCAUCGGGGAAGCUGUCUUCCUUCCUCCAGCAUGGCCUCGCAUGUUGGGUGCUCAUAAACCGUGGGUUGUCGUGGUUGUGAUCUUACCCUAUUUACUGCUUUAUAAAUGCGUGACGACCAAGUCGUUCAUUACAUCCGAGAAUCAUGACCAAGAGAUGAAACGAUACCCGUAUGAUCGGGUGCUCUUUCAUCCGGGACAUCGUUGUCGAACCUGUGAACUACCUAAACCGCCACGUAGCAAGCAUUGCAAUAUUUGCAAAGGCUGCGUGGCUCGACAUGAUCACCACUGUGUAUGGCUCAUGAACUGUGUUGGAGCCAACAACUACGUUUACUUCAUGUCGAUGCUACUCUCCCUGACAAUUCUGUUAGUCUAUGGAACCUUUAUCGGUUAUCAGCUCCUCUGCCAGACCCUAGAGACACGAGUGACGGUAGAGGGGAAAGCAGCCAUGAAAGGCUGGACCAUGUAUUUUCAUAUUUGGGCACUUGUGAUCACCGCCGAUUACAAAAUUGGUACUGUGACCUUGUUGAUGCUGAUGACGGCGCCGCUGGCGGCUGCCUUUUUGAUUUAUCAUAGCUACCUGGUUUGGGCUGGCACCACGACCAAUGAAAGUGCCAAAUGGUCGGACUUGAAAGACGACGUCGAGGAUGGAUUUGUGUUUAAGGCAAAGCGGACCCAGAUUGAAAACGCACCACCAUAUACGGAUUUCGGCGAUGAGCCUUGGCCGGUACAAAGUGACCAGAUUUUGGUCACAGAUGAGGACCCGCCAAUGGAGGGUUUUAUCCUGGAAGGAGAUUCAAACCGUGUCCAUUACAAUCGUACCGGUGAGGUGCCAAUUGAUUCACGGUGGAGGCUAGUUCAAAGUAUGAGCGAGCUGGAUAACAUCUAUGACAUUGGAUUUUGGGACAACUUCAAAGAUGCUAUGGGGAUGCCGGUGAGGCGGAAAACAUGUAUAUAA